AUGGAUCAGGUGAUCGAAUGCUUUGCAAGAUUGCCAAUAUCAUUUGGUUAUUCUUCCAAUCGAACUCUUACUGGGAAGCCGAUCAAUAUAUCCAGCAACAAUAUGAGUGUCGAACCCCCAAUAAGCUCCUCGGUCAAGGUUUUCCAUAUUUUUUAUUAUUUGUGGGUUGUGACUUGUGAUAAUGGACAUAGUGAGAGAUUGGUAGCUGACAAACCUGUGGUGAUCUUCAGCAAAAGCUCUUGCUGCAUGUGCCACACAAUUAAGUCACUGAUAUGCAGUUUUGGUGCCAACCCAACAAUUUAUGAGCUCGAUGAACUUCCAAAUGGUCAACAAAUAGAAAGGGCACUCAAGGCUUCCGGACGUGAGCCAGUUGUACCAAUUGUGUUCAUUGGAGAGAAAUUGAUUGGUGGUUCUAAUGAGGUCAUGAGCCUCCAUGUCCAGGGCAAGCUAGUUCCAUUGCUCAUUGAGGCCAGAGCCAUAUGGGUAUGGCAAAAUAAUUAA